ACAACAUUACCACAUUGCCUAACCUUAACUCACAAGCAAAAAUCAACCAAAAGAAAUUUCAAACCCAAAACCAUUUCUCUCCCUUUUCCCACCAUAUAAACACUAACCCACAUUUCCUCACUCACAUCCUAACUCACCCACAACAAAAAAACACACACAACCACAAUGGAUAAUAUUCCCUCUGCCCUCAUCUUUCCCGACACUUUUCGUGGCGCUGGCUAUGGCUUUUCGGGCCAAAUUGGGUUGGUUUGGGAGCAGGCGAAGGCGCCAUUGAUCGUGCCGGUGUUGAAACUCUUGGUGUAUACAUGUUUGGCUAUGUCCGUAAUGCUUUUUAUUGAAAGAGUGUACAUGGGGAUUGUUGUAGUGUUUGUAAAGUUGGUUGGUAGAAAACCACAGAAGAUGUAUAAAUGGGAGAAAAUGAAGGAUGAUAUUGAGCUUGGUAAUUCUACUUACCCUAUGGUUUUAGUCCAAAUCCCAAUGUACAAUGAAAAAGAGGUUUAUCAGUUAUCAAUUGGAGCUGCAUGUGGGCUUUCAUGGCCAUCUGAUAGAAUCAUAAUUCAAGUGCUUGAUGAUUCAACGGACCCUGCCAUUAAGGCACUGGUAGAAUUAGAGUGCCAGAGAUGGGCAAGCAAAGGAAUAAAUAUAAACUAUGAGAUUAGAGACAACAGAAAUGGAUACAAAGCAGGGGCUCUGAGAGAAGGGAUGAAGCACAGUUAUGUGAAGUUGUGUGAUUUUGUAGCCAUUUUUGAUGCUGAUUUCCAGCCUGAACCCGAUUUCCUUUGGCGCAGUAUUCCAUUCCUGGUUCAUAAUCCUGAAAUUGCACUGGUUCAAGCUCGCUGGAAAUUUGUAAAUGCUGAUGAAUGUUUGAUGACAAGGAUGCAAGAGAUGUCACUGGAUUACCAUUUUACAGUGGAGCAAGAAGUGGGAUCUUCAACACAUGCUUUCUUUGGCUUCAAUGGUACAGCUGGUGUUUGGAGAAUUUCAGCACUGAAUGAGGCUGGAGGAUGGAAGGAUAGAACAACAGUGGAGGACAUGGAUUUGGCUGUAAGAGCUAGUCUCAAAGGAUGGAAGUUUGUAUAUGUAGCUGAUCUCAAGGUGAAGAAUGAAUUGCCUAGCACAUUCAAGGCCUACCGAUAUCAGCAGCACAGAUGGUCUUGUGGCCCAGCUAACCUCUUCAAGAAAAUGGCUAUGGAAAUAGUAAGAAACAAGAAAGUUUCCUUGUGGAAGAAGUUAUAUGUGAUAUACAGCUUUUUCUUCGUCCGGAAAAUCGUGGCACACAUUGUGACAUUCAUAUUCUAUUGCGUAGUUUUGCCUGCAACUGUUUUGGUUCCGGAAGUUGAAGUUCCCAAAUGGGGAGCUGUCUAUAUUCCUUCCACCAUAACCCUCCUCAACGCGGUUGGGACUCCGAGGUCACUUCACUUGCUGGUGUUCUGGAUCUUAUUUGAAAAUGUCAUGUCCUUGCAUCGUACCAAGGCUACAUUCAUAGGUUUGCUCGAAGCAGGGAGAGUGAACGAAUGGGUUGUCACUGAGAAACUAGGAGAUGGUCUUAAAGUCAAAUCAGGCACCAAAGUUCCUAAGAAAUUCCGGAUCAAGAUAGGAGAAAGAAUCCAUGGAUUGGAGCUUGGAGUAGGAGCUUACCUCUUCUUCUGUGGAUGCUACGAUGUUGCUUUUGGGAGAAAUCAGUACUUCAUAUAUCUCUUCCUCCAAUCCUUAGCAUUCUUUGUUGCAGGAGUUGGUUAUGUUGGCACCUUCCUCCCCAACUCUUAGUUAGUUUUUCAUGAUCAUCAACAAAGUCAAGAUAAUUUAUUAUUCAUUUUCUAUACAUGUUUUUUUUUUUUUCACUUGAUCAAAUUGUUAAAAUCAAAUUUUUUGGAAUUAUGAGAUGCACAAAUUCAAGGUGCUUUAAAGUUUAAAUAGGUGAUGUAAACAUACAUACAUAUAUAUAUAUAUACAUAUAUGAAGAUAGGCUUGCUAUUUA